AGUGGAUGCGGAUUUUUACGUCGGGAUUAUUCAUCCUUUACGCCGUGUUGCCCGUGGUAAUUGUCGCUCUAGUAAUAGUCAUAGCAGUAGUAGCAGUUAUCAUUGCUUGAUCACAAUUAUCGUUGACACCCCAUCACCGUCGUCGUAACCGACCGCCAGCGAGAGGAUUUUCUUAUAAAAGGAGUGGGAGAAGGCGAUGUAGGAAGUGAAAUUAUUCAACAAGCCGAAUUACCUCUUUCCCAACCCAUUCCUUCCCCUCUAUCACUAUACGCAAACAAAUGAAGCUGUUCCAUAUCACUGCCGGUAUCGCCUUGCUCUUCGCAUCUGCUCCUGCAUUUGCCGCUCCCGCACGACGCGCUACUACGUGCACUAUCGAGAGCACGGGUGGUGGUGAUGACACGCCCAACAUUGUCAAGGCCUUUACGAACUGCAACAACGGUGGCACUGUCAAAUUUCCCAAGGAUGCCGAAUAUAACAUGGAGACCGUCAUUUACAUUGAAGAUCUUCAAGACAUCACUGUCGACUUCCAAGGCACCCUCAACCUGCCAAAGUACAACACCAAGUACGAAGAUGAGAAGGCCUUUAUCUACCUUCGUGGUGACAAUAUCCACUUUAGCGGUCCUGGCACUAUCAACGGCAACGGUCAAGGAUGGUACGAUGCUGUCAAUCGUAAAGCACCUCCUCUUUUCAAGCCCAGAGCUUCCAACUCGUACUUUGGCGGCUUCAGCAUUGUCAAGGCUCCUCGCUCCCACUUUAGCGUCAACAACUGUGAGAACGUUGUCUUUGAACACCUCAACAUUAACACUGUGUCGGACGACGAAGAAAAGGAUGCCCACAACACUGACGCGUUCGAUGUUUCUGAUUCGACCGGUGUUGUCAUCCAGUCUUCCACCAUUGUAAACGGAGAUGAUUGUAUCGCAGUCAAUGGAGGUGCCAAGAAUCUGACUGUCACUAACUUGGAUUGCACUGGAAGCCACGGUUUCAGCGUUGGCUCCCUUGGCAAGGACAGCUCCGAAACUGACGAAGUGUCCGACCUCAAGUUUAUCUCGAACGCUUGCCACGACUGCCAGAACGGUGUCAGAAUCAAGACUUGGCCCGGUGGCAAGGGUUCGGUUACCGGUAUUGUAUUCGACGACAUUAACCUGGAUAACGUCGAUAAUCCGAUCAUCAUCACCACCCAUUACUGUGACAACAACCAGAUGGAGUACUGCACUGGCCAAGAUUCUCAUUCGCUUACCAUCAGCGAUGUGACUAUCAACAACAUUUAUGGAUCGGCUUCGGAGCACAAGUACCCCGUCCUCAGCGUCGACUGCUCAACCGACACCCCUUGCAAAGAUUUCACCAUCACGAAUAUCAACGUAGAGCCCAGCUCUAAAACUACUGACAAUGUGUGUGUCAACCUCAAUGGAUCCGAUGAUAUCUCUUACUGCAACUGAAAAAACCACAACAUCAGUUAAUACUACGACCUAUAGUAACGAGAGGAAAUGUGCACCUUUUACCUUCUUUCACCCUUUACUAUAAAAGUGCUAAACACUUUAUUGAAUAAACCUACUUUUAAG